ACAGUUUUCCCUAAUCAUUUGUGAAACUUAGUCGCGUCCAAAUCCGGAGAUCCUUUGCAAGGUGUAGAAUCUUAAGGCCUAUAGACUAGGGUAUCCUACAUGAAGAUAUGCUUGCAUUAACACGGAUCAGUUCGUAUAAUGUGGUAAAUUAUUCAGCAAUGGCAAACUAGUGAUUUCAUGGAAACGUAAUGCUCUGUGAAUCUGUUGUAAGCGAAAUUUAAUCCCUGAGUAUAAGUAAUGAUUUGACAAAAUACCGCACUGAAUGAUUGCAAAAUGUUUGUACGAAUGGAAAUUUGCAAACAUCGCUCAAGUGGCUGGUGUUUCUGAUUUAAUGUAAAUUUUAUCUAGAUAUAUUGCCGCGCGUCAGCAGCGGGGACUGAAAUUGAACUAUCGGUUCUGAUGCCAUAAAAUUGCAGAGCCAAUACAAUCGACGCUUAUUUAUGUCACUCAUUUGAUAUAAAAAGUACCAUGAAAUAAAGAACUGGAUAAAUAUGAAGCUUCGUGAAUGGCAACUAAUAUUCAAAUGCUCGUUGCCAAAUACUGCAACGUAACACAAGACAAACAGGAAGUUUUUGUGAUAACGGCUAAAUGAUACGAAGUCGUGGCAACUAUUUUGACUCGGGAUGAAAUUUCAUUGUGCAUCCGUAAAACAGGAUCGUUUAUAAUGCAAGGAGGAAGGGUAAAAGUUAUUCGCUUGAUCACCAUCUUCGUCGUGUCAGGUCUUCUCAUCGUCUCGGCCCUGGUGUGGAUCUUCACCAAUGGCUCCUUCUACAGAAACCGCUUCUUGGAGUCAUUUAUGGGCCUUUUGGUUAUCAUCUUAGUCUGCACUACUGUGGAGGCAUGUUGGAAGCCUUGGACUUCCUCCUCCUCCUCCUCCUCCUCCUCCGCCCCCAGCUUUCCCAGCCAUGGAGGCAGUGUUUCAAGCAGUUCGACUAUGGAUAUACCUCUGGUAUAUUCUGAAUCUCCUCCUGCCUAUGAGGACGUCGUGAGAACAACUGUAUAUGAAACCAGUUUUUCAGACUUUGUGGAGCCAAGGAACGAGUCUCGCCUAGGUGCCGUUGCCUCGUCUACUGAUUCGAAUGGGACAACCUCAUCCAAGAGCAGCAGUGAAAGGACAAACGAUGAGCGCGGCGUUUCCGGAGAUGUUUUACUAAGGACUCAGGCGACGCACGACGAUUUUCAAGAAGUCUAUAUCCCAAGGAGAUUUUCACCCUUCUUCAGUGAAGAGGGUUCAGUCCCAAACUCGCCCACGACGUCAAGAGAACUGCAGCUUGCUGUCGACUGUCUGCCGACCUACGAAGAGGCUGUUGGCUCUCUUCAGUUGCACUCCAGGGACCCGAGUGGGAGCGAUGCCAGUGUGCAGAACAGUGAUCUAAUCUUAUUCAUGUGAACCAAAAUGGAGGCUGAUUUUUAAAUAAAUUGCAAAAAAAGAUGUUUGUCGAUACCAAAAAUGUGUUUAAACUAAAAAAGCUAGUUGUUACUUAAAUAUCUAAAAUGAUUUAAUAACUGUUUUUUUAUAGUGCACCUUGCAGUGGUGUGUGAGGAAUUAUGUCUAUGUCUUUCUGUUGUAAAGUAUUAUCAGACUUCUGAAAAAUGUUAGAUAACCAUAUUACUUUUCAUAAUUGCAAAGUAAGAAGAGAAUGUGAUAAAAAAAAGUGCUGAUUUGCUCAUUUUUUCUCGUGGAAAUAACCAAAUACCUUUCAGCGGAACACUACAGAUAACAAAUCCUAUAGAUAAAAGAGUAAAAAGUAAUCAAUAAAAAAAAGAUGGUACGAUUUCUGUUGAUUGUCUUAGGUAACUUGAUAUCUGAUUGUAGCUUAGUCAGUUUAAAUAAAUAAAAUAAAAAAAUUACGAACCAUCUGUUGGUACGGUAUCACGUGUCCAUGAUAUUCUAGACAUGGAGUAAGUGAACUGAAGUAAUUUGUGUUUAAUACAAUUAUCGUUUCUAAUAUAGUUAUCGCAUUUAAUGACGUUGCUGUAUUUACAAUAGUCACUGUUAUAAAGCAUUCGGUAUCAUUAAGAUUAUCAAAUAUAUAUGUAUGUUUUAAUGCAUUUACUCGUAUUAGCAUGAUAAAUAAAAUAACAAUCAGUUUUAUGGUAUACUAUGUAUAUAAAAUAAUAAUUUACCAAACAGAUAAUUAU